AUUCUCUCCACCCAUACCACCCCUCCCUCUAUAUAUAUAUAUAUAUAUAUAUACACAUCAGACGCUUACAUUUACGGAGUAUGUAUAUUCCCAAGCUAGCAGCUCUCAAUUGAUUUUCCAAACAUCAAAUUAUUCUUAAGAAACACUCGAAGGCCCGUCCACGAUAUGAUCGAUGCACAGAACAAUCACUCCACAAAUUGAUCGGAGAUGGCCAGUCGGAAAGAAGCUGACGGCGGCGGUCUAGCACUCCCGCCGGUUUCGCCCAAAUUUCAUAGUGAAUGUUGCAUGUGCGGAGAUAAGGGUUUACCAUUUGAGCUUUUCAGAUGCAAAUCUUGCUUAUUCCGAUCCCAGCACAGGUAUUGCAGUAAUUUAUAUCCGAAAGCGGAGUCUUACCGUCAAUGCAACUGGUGCCUAAGGGAUCAAAAGGACGACGACAACUCUUCCCAUUCUUCUUCUUCUUUGCUUUUAUCAUCCCCGCCGCAUAGAGCCGCCGGGAGCGACGGUGAUGAAAUAAUUACAAAAGAGAUCAAGAACGAAAAAGAAAAGUUACCUCGGUCCUUUUCACCUCUUCCUCAACACCCACAAAACUUACUGGUAUGGAGUAACAAAAAAGGUGGUGGGUCGAGCCCAAAGGGGGUGAUGAGAAAGGACCCUUUCAAGGUGGCGGCGGAGAAAGCACCGCCGCUCAAAACCGCCGGUGCAGCCAGUCUGAGGAGGUCAACGUCGGAUGUUGGGAUAGUUAAACAUGUGGUGGUUAGAAACAAGGUGAGGAGAAGGUAUAAGCUCUUGGAAGAAGUAGCCAGUCGCUAGUCAAUGUGACUAUAAUAUAAUUGAUCAAUAUUACGAGUUUUUUCUCCUUGUGAUCCUUUCAAAAGGUGAGCUUCUUUGAAAGUAAGUUUGACAUUGAAAUUUUCCUUAUAAGAGAUGCAAGUGCGUAUCUAGAGGCACGCAUUUUUUUUUAAAUGGAUGAUGUAUAUAUUUAGUAAAAUAAAUAAAUAUCACAAAACAAAUGCCUUUUU